UUUAAAACCAAGCACUUGUAGUUUUCAGAAAUGAUUACCGGUACAGAAAAAACAAAGGGAUCCAGGCGUUCCAUUCAAAGAACUGACUAAAUGAAACGCUACCUGCGCAUGCGCAUUACGGUGUUGUGUUAGGAUGAGAUGGUCAUUAAUUUUUAUUUUAAGGUUAUGUUUUUGUUGUAGGUUGUAGCAUGUAAGUUAUUGCUUUAUUACUGUAAAAUUUGAUACAAAACUCUGGCAGAAUGCAGGAUUCCUGUUUAUUCUACUUUGUAUUUAAUCAGUUAUUUAUGAUCUAUUUCAAUAAAUAAUAGUGUAGCCUAUCUGAAUCCAAUUUAUUUAUUUUUAUAUUAAGCUUAAUUCAUAAAUUAUAAUGUAAUGUAAAAGUAGACUACACUUCACUAACUUUUAGACUUUUAUUAGGUAAAUUUAUAGGAAAUAAUCAAAAUGUUACUACCGGCAGUUUCUCGUCUUGUAAGGAAAAAUACUCGUUUAGUCUCGAUACCAAAUUCAUUAAAAAUAUUUUAUCAAAAGAGAAGAAAAUCCUGUGUCAUUUUAGGAAUUGAAACUAGUUGUGAUGAUACCGGCUGCGCUAUAGUAAAUAAUGACGGUGUGAUAUUGGGAGAAGCUUUGAACUCUCAAACAAAUAUAACUGUUGAAAUGGGAGGAGUGAUGCCAAUAUUGGCUAAGGAACUGCAUGAAAAGAACAUUGAAAAUGUUGUAAAUAAAGCAUUAAAUGCAGCCAAUAUGAGUGUUGAGCAUGUUGAUGCUGUAGCUGUUACGACAAAGCCUGGUAUAAUUGUAUCUCUAUCCGUUGGAACUAGCUUUGGUAAAAAGAUGUGUCAGGAAUAUGGAAAACCGUUGAUACCAAUUCACCAUAUGCAAGCGCAUACAUUAACUGCACGGAUCGUACAACCAAUCGAGUUCCCAUUCUUGACUUUGCUCAUCUCUGGAGGGCAUUGUUUAUUGGCAAUCGCUCAAUCACCUGUCAAGUUUCAACUUUUGGGGCAAUCACUUAAUGAUGCUCCUGGAGAGGCGUUAGAUAAGGUGGCUAGGCGGCUGAAACUGCGAUUCGUUCCAGAGUUUAGUAAGUGUAGCGGCGGAGAGUCGAUUGAAAGAGCUGCUCGGAAAGGUUACCCCGUCGUGGACUACAUAGUUCCGCCGAUGCUCUCAUACAGAGACUGCAAUUUCAGUUUCUCUGGAAUGAAGCAGAGAGCCACGCAACAUAUUCUCAAAAUGGAAGGGAAACACGACAUAAUGGGCAGCACACUUAUUCCAGAUGCGUACGACCUGUGUGCCUCCUUUCUGCACACAAUGGCUACUCAUCUCUGUCAUCGAGUACAACGAGCUAUCAUGUUUGCAGACCUAAAAGCACUCAUACCACCAGAUAGGCGAGUGCUCGUUGUUUCUGGAGGAGUGGCUUGUAAUUCCUACAUCAGACAAGGCCUUGAAAUAGUGUGUCGUGAACUUGGGUACAAACUAGUCGUACCACCACCAAAAUUGUGCACAGAUAACGGAGUCAUGAUAGCAUGGAAUGGCGUUGAGAAGUUCAGACUCGGAAUCGAUGUCAUACCAAGUGAUCAGCUCCAAUCAAUCGACAUUGAGCCCAAAUCUCCAAUAGGCGAAGAUAUCUCUAAUCAAGUUGCUGAGGCCGACAUAAAAUUAUUGGAGUGUUGAGAAGAUACCUAUUUGUUCAGUGCGGGAGGGAGCGGAGGUAGAAGGAAGCCAACCGCACAUGUCAAUUUGCUGUAUUUCUUAUUUAAAAAUAAAAUUACGUAAUGCUGGCUGUUUGAUUCAAAUAACUAGAUACAACUCAGCUGGAUGAGCAAAUGUUAUUGCUAUGCUUAGUAGCGUUUUGAUGCUGUGGAAAGGGUAAAUCGGUCUAGGGAUCAAGUUAAGAGUCCGGGACUGUAAAAUAGGAUAGGAAGUAAAAUUUCACUGGAUUUUGACUUUUUAUAGAAAUGUUUCGACGGGGAUAGAAAAAAAUAUUCUUGAUCUGAGAACUCAGUAAACUGAUUGAUUUUAUUCAAUGUAUGUUACAGGGUUUCUUUUUUCUGAAUAUUUUAAGUUCAGUGGUACGAAUGGCUGUAUCAGAUAGGUGCAUCGUUGUUUUAGAAUUCAUUUGUUGAAUGAGUCGUUACGUUU